GCAUUAUAAGGUAAUUCGUUGACUGGAUUGAUCCAAUAGAUGGCGCCAUGUUAAAAGUACAAACGUUUCAUGUAACCUACAAUUUAUUAGUAUAACCACGUGUAUUUGGUAAUAAUAAUUAGACUUCAUUGAACAGUUUAAAAUUAUAUUAAAUGAACGUAUCAUCUGAUUCUAAAGAAGUUUUCACGUCAAAAAAGCCACAGUAACACGUGACCGGGGCACCCCUAGUAUACUUAUAUACGUUUAUACAAGUUUAGAUAAGUUUCUGCAGGUAUAAAAAGGAAUUUUUAUAGACACUAAAUAUAUUAACGAAAUUAUUUUAGUCUUGGUUUAGCUUCGAAAAUCGCAACAACCCAAAUAAAUUAUUUAUUUUCAUCAUGAAUGUUCGGAAAGGAAGUAUGACUGGAAAUGCUCAUCCUGGUCGUAGUAAAAAAAGAAAGUUUAGUGCAAACCGUUUUACCGCCCAAAACGAAACGGACUUUACAUCAGCUUCAGCGAAAAAACUUAAAAAUAGCAUGAUAGGUUCCCAUCGCUUCAAGUUUCGCGUACUGCAUUUUGGAGUUUGUUUCUGUAUUCGCUGCAAUUUCUUAAACUGUAAUAUGCAAAACUUGUAAAAGUGAUGUGUCUUUUUCGCAAUCAAGUUUCCAAGGCUUAGGUUUUAAAAUUAUUUUAUCGUGUAAGUGUGAAAAACAGACAGUUAUAAACUCGGCCCCAUUGAUCCAGAAUGCAUUUGAAGUUAAUCGUCGGUUUGUGUUUGUGAUGCGAUUAUUAGGAGUUGGUCACGAAGGAGUGAAUCUUUUCUGCAGCUUCAUGGACAUAUGUUCGGGUAUUGGAAAUUCAACCUAUACUGCACUACUAAAAAACAUUCAUAUUGCCGCAUCUUCAGUCUUUGAAACUUUAUUAUCAUUCGCUGUCACACAAGAAAAAACUAUGAAUGAAGAAGCAGGAAAACCACAGGAUGAAUUGAUUGUGUCAGAUGAUGGUACGUGGAAGAAAAAAGGCUUUUUAUCUCUAUUUGGAGCGUCUAUGUUGAUUGGAAAAUACACCGGGAAAAUUUUCAAUGCCAUGGUAAUGAGUAGUUUUUGUGGUGCAUGUAAUAAGUGGGGGAAAAAAAAUACGGAUCCUAUAGAGUACGAAAUAUGGUAUGAAAGUCAUGUAGAUGAAUGCACCAUAAACCAUUCAGGAAGUUCCAGUAAAAUGGAAAUAAGUGCCAUCACGCAAAUGUUUUCGAGGUCCAUGGAAAAAUAUGGUGUAAAGUAUCUUACGUACAUCGGCAAUGGUGACAGUAAAACUUUUAAGGGGAUCCUAGAUGCUAAGCCGUAUGGAGAUACUCAAGUAACAAAAAAAGAAUGUGUGGGCCACGUAGAAAAGAGAAUGGGAACACGAUUCCGGGUAAAGUAAUGUCGAUUAUGGGAUGCCCCGUUGGUAUGGAUUGCCCCCGAUUAUGGGCCGCAAAGCCCAUAUUUAUGUUGAGAAACGUGAUGAUGCGCGAAUCUCGCGUUCUGAGCGGCGCCAAAGUGAUGUAAAACAAUCCAGGAUUGACACAAGGGCUAAACAAUCUGCCUUAAAAGAGUUUCAAGAAGAAGAGGAGGGAGUACUCUAUGGAUCAGGCAUCACCGAUUGAGGAUAAAUAAGCCAAUCAGCCGGAAUCGUGAAGGAAGUGCGAGCCUAUUUUUUUCGAGGCGGAGGUGUCGGAGCGCUGUAACUCACGUUUUAUUUAAUAUUUUUCACUAAAAGUUUAUAUUCAUACUACUGAGAUAUAUGUUAAUAAAUGAUUAUAAAUUCAAA